AGAGAGUGUUGUGUUUAACGCAAAACUCAACGAUUGUUUCGUUGCUUUUCAUUAUAAUUAACAUUAAAUUCAAUUGUAUUUUGCAAUGAAUUUCAUGAGAAAUAGUUUAACGCAAUGUCUGUUAAAACCAGACUUAAGUUCAGUGAAGAUAUUUGUCCGCCAUUUCCAGAGAAGACAAUUCAUCCGCCGAUUUGGUUACGUCCAGAAGACUCACAAUAAAGGACUAUUACCGCGAGUGGUUGGAGAUGUGGCCCCUUUGCGAACGGUUCCCAAUACACGACUUGCCGAUGAAUGGCGACCAAAGGCAGCCCUCUUCGGCCAAAACGAUUACAUCGAUAUCUUAGGCGAUGGAAGCGUUCCGGUGACAGAUCUCAUGACAAACACUCCCUAUUGGCUGAAAGGAUUCAAAGGCAAC